AUGGCUGUUCUGCAGCAAAAGCUGAAGUCCAUUAAAAUCCCUGACAUGUCGGGUAAGGAGAAAGUGUCGCCAAUUGGCAAAGUGCGGUACAGCUUGACAGAUAAAGACCACGGCUCCUUCGACCUGUCAGUUAGCGGCCUGACAAUUUCGGCAGGUAUCGGAGUGUCCCGCGACGAGACGGGAUGUCCCACAGUGUCGAGUGCCAGCUGCUCCACCAGCAUCGGGGGAGUGAGAAUCAAGUUCCAUGGCGGGGCAAGCUGGCUGUACAACAUGUUCUCGAAGUUCAUUGAGAAAGCCCUUCGCAAAGCGCUCAGUGACAAGGGUGAGUUCUAUAACAUCGGGCAGCACCAUGAACCCCCCUUUACUGCGCCCCCAUUCUCCCUCCCCGAGCAGGCCAGCAGCAUGCUGUACAUCGGGGUGUCUGAGUUCACUCUGAAUUCUGCUGGCUUUGUAUACUACAGCGCUGGAGUGCUCAACACCAACGUCACAGACGACAUGAUUCCGAAAUCGUCCCCUCUUAGACUGAACACCCAAACAUUUGGAGUUUUCAUCCCUCAGAUUGCGCAAUCCUAUCCUAACAUGUCAGUGAAGCUCAUUGUGCAAGCCACCCAACAGCCACAUGCCACCAUGCAGCCCAGCAACGUCACAGUGGAGGUGAUGGGAUCCAUCGCUGCCUACGUCAUCAAACCCGACUCCACCCUCGCACCCCUCUUCGUUCUCGGUAUGAAAGCCAGCACCAGUGCCAACUUGCUUAUUUCAGGGAAGAAACUGGUUGGAUCUAUUCAAUCCCUGCAGACUGUGCUUCAGCUGGCUUUGAAAUCUGCUGUGCUGCCCAAGGUUAAUGAGCUCCUGAAAGAAGGCUUCCCUCUCCCUACCAUUGACAAGAUGAACCUCGUUAAUGCUCAGAUCCAGAUUCUCAAGGACUAUGUACUGAUCGGGACAGAUGUUGCCUUCACAGGAAGUCCAGCCAGAUACUCAGACACAGCCAAGGCCAGGUAUCUCAGCUCAGUCUACUACCACUAUUACACUUGUCUUACCUGA